AUGCAACUUGUGUGGUAUGUGAUCCUUCUCGCUCACUUUGCGCACUCGAUCCGUCAGCUAAACGUGCAGAAGCAAUGGUUUCGGUAUCCAGGUGAGCGGAAAACACGAGCGAUUCUCAUACAAUAUCGGUUUCAGGAAAUCCUGGUGUCAGAAUUCGGUUGACCAAAAAAGGUGCGAAUCAUAUUAAAACAGUGGGUGUGCAGAUAUUCAACGACUACAUUUCGCAACUUAAAGUAAAGGAGUUCCGAACACCUUCCCGACUAUUGUAGAGUUCCAUUUCAGGACUACACCACCUCGAUGCCAUUCUCCCAAAUCGGCAUCAAUGGAAUUGUCAACUUGCAGAAGAUGCAUGUGAAAAACUAUCGCGCUCCAGAGGUUUGUCGCGCAUUUUUUUUUUGCUGGAACCGGUCUUCAUGUCGCUUGCAUAACAAAACGUAAAAAGUGAUAAGGAUGAGAGAAAAGUGAUUGCAGGUGUCGGUCCUCAACUUUCUGCCGCCACGUCACGUCAUUCUGGGCCUGGAGAAUCUGGACAUCGGACUGGGCUCCGAGUUCAAAGCGAACGCGCUGCCGAUCGUCGUGGAGGGCAGUCUCGAGGGACAGAUUAACGGAAUGACCGUCGCGUUGACGACCGAAAUGUUGACGGAUGUGAACGGGAAAAUGAAUGCGGUCGUUAGGAAUUGCUCGGCGCUGAUAUCAAAUAGCAAAAUUACUCUCAAUCCGACAGGUCCCAUGAGCAUAUUUGUGAAGACUUUUGAGGUGGGCGAAACUGAGAAUGUUCAACAAAGUCAGAAUUGUCUUACAAAAUCUUCAUACCUAAUACAUUGUUUUUGUAGUUGGCCACUUGUUUGUACGUUCGCUCUCAAGCCUGUAACUUCCAUUAGCUACAGUAGUAUUUGGAGUGGUCAACAACAAAAAGAAAGUAUGAAGAUUCUUCUAGACACUAUCAAAGUUUGACACACGAAUUGCAGCCAAUGAUAAACGACUCGGUGCGUCAGAGAAUUCCGGAAAUGUUCUGCAGCCGUCUUCAGAAGCUCAUCGAGAAGAACAUCUCGAAACUGUUUGAUUACAUAACCAAAAUCGAUUUGGAAAGCUAUUUCCCAAAGAUGGACAAACUGGAUAGAGACGUCAUGAAUGCGUGAGUACUUUUGCAUUCGAUUAGUAAAACCGAACCGAUCGUCCGUUGCCAGGUUCAUUUCUCAUUUGGCCAAAGGAAUGUACGUGGACAACCGGAUGAUAACGCAGCCAUUAAUCACGAUGGAUUACAUUGAAACGAAUCACCAAGGUGCGGUGAGUUAGCCGGAAUCCCAACAGAAGUUUCAAUCCUUGUCGGCUGCAGGAGAGAUCCACUUCGCCUCGUCCCGCUUCGAGCCGAUUCCUUUCUUCCCCCGACGCAUGGAGGAGUCUUUCCCGGAGCCCCUUUCCGAUCAUAUGGCUCAUUUUUACGUGUCGGAUCACUUGUUGAACAGCAUGCUCUACAAUGCGUAUCAGGACAAUCGAUUGGCGCUGAGAAUCGAUGAGAGCAACUUGCCGAAGGAAAUGAAGAGCUUCGUGGCGACUCAGUGUCCGUCGAAGAGGCAUCCGACGUUCGUUUGUGUUGGGUAUCUCAUUCCGCAGAUUGCCAAGGUGAAUUUUGAUUGAACAUUAGAUACAAUUCAUAGGUUUCAGUCCUACCCCAACUCGACAACCUCAUUUGUGAUCAUUCCUCACGGCCUUCCGUACGUCUCCUUCAAUCGUGACGGAAUGGGAGUUGAGAUGAAAAGUAAGCCACUUUCUUACCCUUCCGCCCACGCAUUCCCCUUUCCAUCAGACCGUAUUCUGACGUACGCGACUCCGGAAGACGACGUGGACUCGAAAAACCGCUCGCAGAUCCUUGUCUUCUCCAUAAACGGCCAGGCGGACAUCACGUUCUCGCCGACGAGCGAAUCGCUGAACGCGCGUCUCAAUCUGAACAGGUGUGCCGCAUCUAGUGAAUCUUCGAAAACCAAGAGGAUCGUUUGUUCAGAUUCAUCGUCCGAUUGCAUCGUUCGGCAGUUCGUGGCAUCGACGAAGAGUCGGUGGCCCGUCUUUCGCCGCUCUCGAAGACGUUCAUCGCUCCGCGUCUGAGUGCGGCCGUUGAGAAGGCCGCCCGAUUUCCGAUGCAGGACACGAUCAAGUUUGUGAAUCCGAAAAUACGAAACUACGACGGAUUCGUCGCCUUGUCCACCGACUUUCAACUGGACCGGAAGAAGUUGGAGGCAAUUGUGAGGAAAUCUAUCGAGUUGUAG